AUGAGUUUAGAGAAAUUAGAACAAAUUCUGACUCUGUUCGAACAAUGUCAUUCUGGUGGAAAACCUUUAGAACUUACAAUUAACGGAGAUUUGCUUAAAUGUUUUGCACUACCACCGAAAUUAAUUCUCGAUCUUCUACAAGAGCAUUCAAUCGAUGCAAUUUCUUAUUUAUCCGAUGAUAAAACCAAACUUCACUUUCAAAAUAAUCUUUACCUUUGUCCAAUUGAUCAAACUGAAGCUGAUUCAUGCCAUUCGAUAACUUGCAAGCAACUUCAUUUAUGCGAAGAUUAUAUAUUAAAUAAAUCGUGUGUACAAUUUCAAUCCAACGGAAAAUGCUCGCAUGCACAUUCUUUAGUGACAAAACACAAUCAAAUGGUCUUAGCGCAGUACGGUAUGUCGUCAACUGAGGACCACACCUUUCAGUUUAUUUCGCGUCUUACUCGACUUUCAUUAUCGUUGACAAAGCAGCCGAAGUUCUUCGUACAAUCCGUAGACAAACAACCAAUAACAGAUGAGCUGAUUGAUGAAUGGUUGGGUGAUCAUAAGUCUUUGCUGUCGGAUCAAAAACGCGUCAAUCCCUAUACCAUAGAAUUCAUAUUUGAGGACAAUGAAGUAACAUCAAUGAUAGAAGAUAUCAUCAGAAAUCAUCAUUCAUCAACUGCUUUAGUUCUAAAUAAAAUAACACCUGAUCCAUUCAGUUCGAAUCGAAUUUCAGAUGCAACGCCAGCUAAGCAGAACACAGACGAAGAUCUUGAUCAAAAAGCUCAAUCAAGGGCUCCAUCCAUAACAACUCGAAGAUUUUCAAAUCAAUUGAGAAGUCUCGAAGAAAAUCCUACUCCACAAACAUUUGGACGCGGCCGCGGCAGACAAACUUCAACUGUACCUCCAAAUCCAUCUUCCUUAUCAUCUUCAAAUGGUGAAAAGAAGUUCACUUUUUCAACUCGUCUCAAUUCGAAAACAAACGAGCAGACAUUGCAUUCACCAACGAAUCAAAUCAAAUCUCCAACAAGUUCAAUGCGUUCCACACCUGAAUUAGUCACAUUAAACUCGAGUCAACCUGCAAAUCACACCGAUAAUUCAUUUCCACGAUAUGUACUAUCGAAAACAGAACAAAAACAAAAGAAUCAAGCGAAGUGUCAAAAUCAUUGCGAUGACUCUUCAUUGUCAUCCGACUAUCAUUCUCCAGACAUGAUGUCAUCACCAGAUCAACAAGAUACAAAAUUCCGACCACGUUUCGUCAUGAGAGACAAUCCACUUCGGAAUAAAGAAACAAAUUCUAUUUCACCAACAACACCAAAAUCACCAAGUCCAAUUGUUUACACGUUUAAAAAACAAUUAUCCGAUCAGCAUUUAUGUUAUCUUCUUGGUCCCGGUAGAAAGCAGAUUAUCGAUAAAGAUCAAUGUGAAAUUAUUCGUUAUCUACCAUCGGGUUGUUGUCGAUCACAAAAUUUUGAACAAGGAAAAGAAAUUGAAAAACAAUUGCAUUCAAUUAUACCUUCAACUUUGAACAUUGAUCUUGUAAAGAUUAAAGAAGAUUUAGCACUUUUGAUUCGUUCAUCAGCAGCUGAAAAUCUUUUCCAGCAAAAUCAAUCUCAAUAUGCAAUCAUUUCUGAGCCAAUUAAAAUCCAAUUAAAUAUUGAAGCAAUCGAGAUAGAAUCAUCGACAACAUCUAAUAGAAAUGCAAGACACCUGUUUUGUGAUCAUUGGUUAACUUAA